AUGUACUGUUUAAAAAUUUAUAUAUUAUUUUAUAUUCUAAUAAUAUCAAUGGUAUCAAUAUCACAAUGUAAUUCAUUUUUAAUAAAAAGUAAACCAGAUGUUAUGAUUGUUGAUGAAUCAAUUCAAAUCCAUGAAAUUGUUUAUCAAUUAUUCGUCCAAAAAGUUGAUCAUUUUAAUUUAUUAGAUGAUAGAACAUUUUUUCAAAGAUUUGUUGUAAAUUCAAAAUAUUGGAAUGGCACUGGUCCAGUUUUUUUCAUUAUUAGUGGGGAACAAAAUAUGGAGGCCAGUUCUGUAAAUUCUUGUCAGUAUACAAUUUGGGCCAAACAAUUAAAUGCAUUAAUCGUGUCUUUAGAACAUAGAUAUUAUGGUGGUAGUUAUGUAACUGAAGAUUUAUCAACUGAUAAUCUAAAAUAUUUAACAACUCAACAAGCUUUGGCCGAUUGUGUUGUAUUUAUCGAUUGGUUUACCAAAGUAUAUUAUCAUGUACCAUCAUCAUCAAAAAUCAUUUCAUUUGGAGGAAGUUAUGCUGGUACUUUAUCAGCUUAUUUGGCAAUGAAAUAUCCUUCAAAAAUAAGUUUCUCUGUUGCUUCAAGUGCACCAUUGAACCCAGUGGUUAAUUUUUAUCAAUAUAUGGAAGUAAUUCAAAAAUCAAUACUUUUAUUAAAUAAUGGUGAAAAAUGUUUAAAUAAUAUUAAACUUGCAAAUAAUAAAAUCAUUGAAAUGAUUCAUGACCCAAUAUUAACUUAUAAUAUUACAAAAUUAUUUGGUCUUUGUUCAAAUAUUGAUUUUGAUAAUGAUUUAUCAACAUUCAUGUUUGAAAUUGCAAAUGUUUGGGGAACUGCUGCUCAAUAUGGUAAUUUGGUACCUGGCUAUAUAUCAUUGGAUUCAUUAUGUAAUAUUAUGGUCGAUGAUUCAAAGGAACCAUUGGAUAACUAUUUAUACAUUUGGUAUGGUAUGAAAAAUUCUGAUGAAUGUAAUGAUGUUACCUAUCAAACAAUGAUUGCAAAUUUUAAAUAUAGUCAAAUCGACCAUUUAAAUACAAGAAAUGAAUUAUUUAAUAUGACAAGACAAUGGUUAUUUCAAUGUUGUACUGAAUUUGGAUUUUUCAUUACAAGUGAUUCAUAUGAUCAACCUUUUACUAAUUUCAAUUUCAAUUUUCAAAGACAAAUUUGUAUUGAUGUAUUUGGAAAAAAACCUACACUUUCAACAAGUUGGACUUUGGUAGAGUAUGGUGGUAUUAGUCCAAACUAUAACUCUGUUAGAAAUGUUUUAUUUGUUUCAAGUACUAAUGAUCCUUGGUCAUCUCUUUCAAUUUCAAAAUCAAAUCAAUAUAAAAUCGUUAUAGUUGAAAAUGGUACCCAUUGUUCUGAUAUGAUACCAAUAAACGAAGUUUCUGUACCUGAUGUUGCAAGGGCUCAAAAUGAAAUAUUUAAUUAUAUAUUAGAUGCUUUAAAUUAA